AUGCGUUUCUGGACCGCUCCUGCCCUCCUCGGGCUUCUACUGCCAACUCCUUCGGCCCUCGCCCUCUGGCCGCAGCCGGCAGAGACGGUCAGCGGCCACGGCUUUGUCCAGGUGCCCGCUACGAUGACCAUCGACUUUGCAAGCUCGGUCGAUCUCGCCCGCGUGCCCCACGACCUCACCGCUCAGAUCGCCCAGGUGUCUCGUUCCAUCCAGGAGCAGCCGAUGCGUCCGCUCGAGGUGGACCGCGGCGCCUCCUGGCGGGCCUCGAUUGCAUCGGCGCCCAAGCUCGACAAGGUCGAGAUCUCCAUCGUCCAGCUGCUCGCUCGACACCCCGAUACCUGCCGCGGCAACAAAGAGCGCCCUUCGAAGCGCAGCCAGGCGCCCCUGCAAGGUACCGGCGCAGCUUCGCAGCCAGGCGGCGACGACUCGCACUCCCGCUGUUCCAUCAGCCACUGGGCCACCCGUACGCUCUCCACCCAAGUCGCAAACGACCGUGUCGAGAUCGACGUCUCGAGGCCAGUCUCUGCCGACCUGCCGCCGCGCGAGGCCGAAGCCUACGAGCUCGACAUCGACAGCGACGGCAGACCGGCGCAGAUCCGCGCCUACACUGCCCUCGGCGCCCUUCGCGCGCUGAAGACGCUCCAGCAGCUCGUCUACUCCCUCGACGGCCCCGGCGCCGGCGCCGGUGACCGCCUUAGGUUUGUUCGGGAUGUGCCCCUUCGGAUCAAGGACCGCCCGGCAUUCCCCUACCGCGGACUGCUCCUGGACACGUCGCGCAACUUCUACUCGACGCGUGCGCUCGAGCAGCUGCUCGACGGCAUGGCGCUCGUCAAGCUAAACCAGUUCCACUGGCACAUCACCGACGCUCAGUCCUGGCCGCUGUCGUUCUCCAAGGGGGCGGGCGACGAGGACGGCAUCGACCUCUCCCUGCUGGCGGCUCGCGGCUCGUAUGGCAGCGACAUGGUCUAUAGCGAGGAUGACGUCCGGUCGGUGAUCGCCUACGCUGGCCGGCGCGGCAUCAACGUCAACCUCGAAGUCGACAUGCCCGCUCAUCUCAAGUCGGGCGUCGAGGACAUCUCCCUCGGCGGCAGCGAUGCGCCUGCCGCGUCCGACGCAAAGAUGAUUGCGUGCUCGGACGAGGACAACUGGCCCAGCUUCGCCGCCGAGCCGCCGUCGGGCCAGCUCAACCUGCGCCCGACGAACCAGUCGACGGGGGUGCCCGAGCACAUCGCGGCCUUCGCGCGCGCCGUGCUGGCGCGCACCGCCUCGCUGACGCCAUCGCCCUACCUCUCGUCGGGGGGAGACGAGCCCAACCUCGGCUGCUGGCGCGCCGACAGCGAAAGGGACAUUGACGAGAGCAUCAUGAAACCCUUCAUGGGCGUCGUCACCGACGCCCUGACAAAGGCCGGCAAGAGGGGCAUGGUGUGGGAGGAGAUGGCCAUCAAGUUUCCCGCAACGGGCGCCUCGCUGGGCGAGGGCUCGAUCGUCGAGGCCUGGACGACGCCGGACAAUGUCGGCGCCAUCCUGUCGUCGAACCCGGGCACGCUUCUCAUCCACGCCCCCUCGACCCACUUCUACCUCGACUGCGGCUUCGGCGGCUGGCUCGGCGCCAACCCGCAGGGCCAGAGCUGGUGUCCCUACGUGACGUGGCAGAAGACGUACACCUUCGACCCGUACGCCGGUACCAAGACGCAGGCGGAGCGCGCCCGCGUCCUCGGCGGCGAGUCGGCGCUGUGGUCCGAGCAGAUCGACGAGACCAACCUCCAACAGCGCGCCUGGCCCCGCGCCGCCUCGGCCGCCGAGGUCUUCUGGACCGGCGCGAGCUACACCGCGGUCGGACCCGGAGACCAGGUCGGGAAGCACGAGCGCAACGGCACAGAGGCCCUCGCCAGAUUCCUCGACGUCAGGGAGAGGCUCGUCUCCCUUGGCAUCAACGCCGAGCCGAUCCAGCCGCUCUGGUGCGUCCUGCGCAGGGGCAGGUGCAACCUGCCCACCUAG